GUUUCUGAAUGUUCACCAAGUUUCGCCCUAACCACGCGUUAAGCAUUCUGAUUGGUUAUGAACAGGAUAUUUUUUUCAAAACCAAUAGUUUCAUGUCAUAUUGAUCGACAUCGCUGGUCCGUCAAUGAGAGCGCAGUAAUUCUUGCAAUUUGUUCGCUUAGUGGUUACUGACGCUGUCCGUUAAUGUUUUGUAAAAUUGCACGAUAGUAUUCUGUGUAUAUUCUAUGGAAGAGAUUGACUUCUUGUACAACCAAUUGUAACCGUUCACAACGUGUCGCAUUUGCUUGUGAUUGGAGCAAAUCUCCGAGUGGGCGUGACCUUAGCAGGACAGCCAGCUGAGUUUUUAUGACGAUUUGAAAAUGGCGGCGAAAGGAUUCGCCAGUGGAACUUUAUCAUGAAUACACAGAGAGCAGAGCAGAGCUGUCCAAACGGCAUACGAUAAUUUCCCCUCAGUACUGAAAAAGUUGAUAAAGAAACCUCAACUGGAACGCAUGUGUUGUUAAUAGAGGAACGCUUGGAGAAUUUUACGGUGGGGAUUUUGAGGCCAAGUUAGCGAAGUUCGUUAAAAAUAACAAUAAGUGUUUCAGUGGGAUAACGUUAGAACUUAAACGCUUCUAAACUGGUGCUAAUGCUAGCUAGUCUGUACAGAUAACGCGAGAUGCGCUACUUUAAUUGUUUUUACAUUUUCCCCCUGAGUUGUCAUGUUUUGGCUUUUUAUCCUUGAUAAGUGGUGUUAUGAACGUAUUCCUGACGCGAUAUUUAUUUAAAACUGAAGCGAAAGAAAUAUCACGGAAGCUAUGUCUCUUCUAGCCAGAUAGCUAACUUGGAUAGCUGUUAGCUACUUUUGCCGAUGCGUUCGGUGUUGGGAGCUAAGCGCGAGCUAAUGCUAACGCUAAUGCUAAUCCGUUUCACAGCGCCCAGUCGUUUUGUUUUGGUGGGGCAAUGGUUCACUUCAGUGGAGGGUAGUUAGCUUAGCCAGAAUAUUCAACACAGCUUGUGAAUUGAAGUUCCUGUAGUGUUUUUGUUUUUUAUUUUUUAACUAGUGUUUUAAUAUAAAGUGUGUGACAAGAAUGGUGCCUUACUGUGGCUCAGAUCUGGCUGGAUAACAUUUGUUAUUAAAUAGACCAGCUGAUCAGGGUUCAGGUCAAUAAAAACAGUUCAAUAAUUUUUUUAAGCUGCCUGUAACGUAUAGCCAACUAACUAGCAAGUUAUAAUAUCGACCUGUAUUUUAAACACUACUGAAUUCAGGUAACUUUAUACAUAGUGUCAUUUUUAACGAUUUCUUAAUUAAACUGUUGGGUUGGUUGUGUGUUCGUUACGAAGGUGGUUUUAUUUUUUAAAUCAUAGCUUAACUAACCAUUUUCAGUUAGUUAAGAUUUGACCAGCGAGUAUAGGUGAGAGCUGGUGUCUUUCUGUGGGAAUUAUUAUUUUUCCGUGACAGACUCUGGAUAUGGAAGAUCCAAAUCCACGAUACAGCAAACGACUGGUCUUGUUGCUGGUGUUAUUGUUGAGUCCAUACUUGCUGUUGGAAUGCCAAAUCUGUGCACCCUAUUGUACACCUGAUGAUAAGGUUACAAAAACCUAGAAGAAAAAUACAAAGAAGUCAUGAGUUUCAGGUCAAGUGAGAUGAAGCGGUCAGGCACGCGGCGACGUUACCAUGACGAUGGGAUCUCUGAUGAUGAAAUCGAGGGGAAAAGGACCUUUGACUUGGAGGAGAAGGUAUACAGCGAACGCUUUGGUUCUGACAGACUCAAACGCAUGGAAGGCAAAGAUUUCACAUUUGAGUUCAUCCAGAGAAGCGGGCUGAGGGAUCCAAUCAUCUUUGAACGACCAGACGGACUUGGAAUCAAAAUGCCAGGUCCAGACUUCAGUGUGGGUGAUGUGAAGAUGUUUGUGGGCAGUCGGCGAAUGAUUGACGUGAUGGAUGUGGCUACUCAGAAGGGCACAGAGAUGUCUAUGGCUCAGUGGAGGCGAUACUAUGAGACCCCUCCUUCCCAGAGAGAGAAGCUGUACAAUGUCAUCAGCUUGGAGUUUAGCCACACCAAACUGGAGAAUUUAGUCAAACGACCUGCAACGGUGGACAUGAUAGACUGGGUGGAUAAUAUGUGGCCACGGCACUUAAAGGAAAGGCAACGAGAUUCCACCAACUCCAUCCUUGACAUGCAGUACCCGAAAGUGCAAAAAUACUGUCUGAUGAGCGUGCAGGGCUGUUACACAGACUUCCACAUAGACUUUGGGGGCACAUCUGUGUGGUACCACAUACUGCGAGGAUGCAAGAUAUUUUGGUUGAUUCCUCCGACACCACAGAACCUGGAGCUCUAUGAGAACUGGGUGUUGUCUGGAAAACAAGGAGACAUCUUCCUUGGAGACAAGGCCACAGAUUGCCAACGGAUUGAGCUCAAGCAGGGCUACACAUUUAUUAUACCAUCAGGCUGGAUUCAUGGAGUGUACACGCCUGUGGAUACACUUGUCUUUGGUGGAAAUUUCCUACACAGUUUUAACAUCCCCAUGCAGCUCAAUAUUUGCAACAUUGAGGACAGGACACGGGUGCCAGCUAAAUUUCGCUACCCAUUUUAUUAUGAGAUGUGUUGGUAUGUGCUGGAACGGUAUGUGUACAGUCUGACCAACACCUCCUACCUCAUCCCCGAGUUUCAGAAACACUCUCUAGGCAUCGGCCUUAAGCAAGAAUCCUCCUGUUCUGAAGCCCUGAACGGUCAUGUAAAGGAGGAAGAUGAUCCUCCCUCUCCUCCAGUUCGUCCAGGGAUGAAAGUUCAUAUGACCCCUUUUGAGCUGGAGGGUUUAUGGAAUUUGCUGGGAAAACUAGAAUCUCUUCCCUCACACAAAAAGUGUGUUCCUGCAGGAAUACACAAUGCACCGGCCUUGCUCCAUGACGUACGGGCUUUACUUAAAGAACAUGCUAAUGAUAACCCUAAAUUUUCAUACACUGGAAGACCCAUUGUUAAAUGGCCAAAGAGGCCGUCCUGGUACCAGCCUCCCCCACCCCCUGCUCCAGUAGGUCGUCCCAAAUUAGCCACCACUUCAAUUAUCCCUCGUCCAACAAAACCAGCCUCCUCAAUGUCAGCGCUGCGGCGGCGGCGUGUGCGCUGUAAACGCUGUGAGGCAUGUCUGCGGCCAGAAUGUGGCGAGUGCAAUUUCUGCAGAGAUAUGAAGAAGUUUGGCGGCCCUGGCAAAUUGAAACAGACGUGUAUUCAUCGCCAGUGUCUUGCUCCUGGCUUGCCCCUCUCUGCAGUAUGUGAAAUUUGUGAAGAAGGGAACCAGGAUACUGGAGAAGAACUGAUGGAAUGCUCCAAUUGCGCGCAGAUUGCCCAUCCUAGCUGCCUAAAGGUGCCAGGUGAGGGUGUUGUAAACAAAGAUCUGCCCAGUUGCUGGGAAUGUCCCAAAUGCGUUCUGGGCAAAGACACAGACUCUGAGUCGUCGGGCAGCGGUGAUGACCUCACGACUCAGGAGGGGUCGGGGGGGCUGAGGGGCGAGGGCGGGGCGUGGCACGGGGUCGGGCGGCCCCCUUCCUCUCUGUCACAUGGGUCGCUACGGAAACAAGUGGCGGCCCCAGAGCAGCAGCUCAGGAAGAGGAACAAACUGGAAGAAAGCAAAAUGCAUAAACGCAAGUCAUCCUCGGUGGAUCCUCGCGUGGCAAAGAUCUACCGCAGACACGGAAUGGAUUCAGCCAGUGAUGAUGAGGACGGAGAAGGAAGGAGAAAGCUCGCGCUUCACUCAAGGGGUGCAAUAUCUGCUCGCCGUAGUUUUGGAUCCAGUAGGCGGGGUCUAUUAAGAGGCUCAUCACAGCGAGGGGGCAGAGGGAGUGGUGGCAUGACCCCAAAUUCCUCCUCGUUGAAACUGAGGCGUGGACUUGGUGUAAGGGGUGAGCGUGGCAGUCGUGUUCGUUUACGAGGUGGGUCCAAAAUGCAGCGAAGGCGUUAUGAAACUGACGACGAAGACGACGAUGAGGAUGAUGACGAUGAUGACGACGAAGAUGACGAGGAGGAGGAAGAGGAUGAAAGUGAAGAAGAAAGGCACAUGGGCAGGUCUGAAAAAGAGCACCGUUCACGGCGUCGGCGGCGCAGAGGUGAAGAGGAUGAGGAGGAGGAUGAAAGUGAAGACCAAGACUUUGAUGGAGAAGAUGAAGAGAUGGAGGACCUGGAUGAUGGUGGGGAGGAAGAUGAGGACGAUGAGGGCGAGAACCAUUCAGACUCAGAAACUGACCCUCCUGUUCUGCUUGUCUCAGACUUGAACGAUGAACUGUUAAAUGGUUCUUACCUGACAGUCACGUUGCAGCGCCCAUCCAAGGCUAAACGUGAUCCUGGGUCUAUUGUACCCAAACUGGAGGCAGCCAUGUCUCCUCGCACUCCUGGUAAUGCUGAUUUACUCCAGCGCAAGUCCCUUCAGAAGUAUCGCCAGAAAAAUGGCAGCGCUCUCUCCGCUGGAAAUGGUCUUUCACAGCCCAAACCCAGUCUAGCAUCAGGCCGUCAUACACGAUACAGGAGUAUGAAUCUUGAUGGUAGAGCCUCACCUUCCUCCACCUCCUCUCGCUCUUCCAUUUCUCCUCCUCCCCCUCCCCUGACAUCCACUACUGGCACCUCCCCUCCUUCCCUUCUCACUCAUCCCUCAUUCCGGGAUGUGGGAAAUGAGCCAGGGUGUGAGAAGGAGGUUUGGGUGUCGGUGUUUCGCUACCUGAGCCGAACGGAACUGGCUGUGUGCAUGCGGGUUUGCAAGGCCUGGUACAAAUGGUGUUACGAUAAGCGCUUGUGGACUCGGAUAGAUCUCAGUAGAUGUCGCUCCCUUAGUGCUCAGGCUCUGUCAGCUAUUAUUAAACGCCAGCCUGUCACACUUGACCUGUCAUGGACACCUGUGUCCAAGAAACAAAUCACCUGGCUUAUCCACCAUCUCCCAGGACUGAAGGAUCUGGUCCUGUCAGGCUGUUCAUCAUCAUGUCUUUCGGGCUUGAUUUCUCAGAGCAUCCCUUGUCUCCGCACGCUAGACCUGUGCUGGGCCGAGAGCGUUAAAGACUCUCAGCUCAAAGACCUCAUCACUCAGUCAGGUAGUGAAACUCGCAGCAGGCUGAAAGGCUUGUUAACUUUGCGGUUAUCUGGUCUGGAUGUGAGUGACUCAACACUGAAGCUGAUGAUCAAACACAUGCCAUUGCUGAGGAGGUUAGACCUGUCGCAUUGCCCAGUCCUUACAGACCAGUCCAUCAGCCUGCUUACAGCCACUGGCUCCAACACACGCACCACACUCCGAGAGUUCAACCUCGCAGGUUGUAAUAAGCUAACAGAUGUGUGCCUGACUUAUAUGAAGCGCCUCUCAGCUCUAACUCUUCUGGACUUGCGGGGCUGUAAGGGUGUAACACGACACGGCUGUGAAAACUUCAUUUCUGACCUUUCCUACUGCACCUUCUUCUGUCUGACUGAGGAUAAACUCAUCCAGAGGAUAUCUUAACACAGAUACGCACAUACAGCACACAUGCUCUAAACUGGUGUGCUCUACGGGCUCCAUCAUAAUGCUCCGACAAGAUACCGAGCUCCCUCACAGAGUCUGGUUGGGCAGGAGGAUGGAGGGAUGGAGGCUGCGCCCCUGGGGAGAAGAUGAACGCACAUAAUCUGAGGAGAGUUGUGUUCUUUUGUGCCAUGCAUUCAGGCUCAUUCAAAGCGACUUGUAAAGAAGAUAUUAAGGUUCUUGUGAUCAAAUUGGAAAUCAAAACGUAUUGAUCCAAACUACCUGGGUGACUGAGAGAAGUCCAAUCUUCAGAAUAUAGUGAGGCGAGGUGUUCAAGAAUGUUGGCUACAUACGGUGGUUUCAGGUGUGGCUCUUGUGAUACUGUAAACCAGCAUUACCAUGAUCGGGGGGAAAAGGAACCAACCAUGGUGCAAUGUGUGACAGUUUGCCAGCAAUUCAGGAGGCAAUGACAUGCACUUAAAUUUGAGUGCCACGAAAUGUAACUCUGACUGACCUGACAUCCCAUAUAGUCCCAAUUAUAAACGCACACGCAGUGUUUUUGUCUCUCUUCUUUUUUUUCUUUUUUUUUUCUUUUCUCUUUUCUGUCCUGUGUGCCCACAGAUGUCAAGCUCUGAUGUCUGGGCUAACGUUUUCUAUUUGUAUGGCUUUACCAACAUAUUCUACUACACUUAGUAAAUUGCAUCAAGUUCUACUUAGGCCUUUCCCCCCCUCCCCCCACCCCAAGUUGUCUUUUCUUUUAUCUUUGUGAUAACACUUUACCGGUGUUUGUCAGUUUUCUUCCAUAUCACCAUCUUCCUCUGUACAUUUGCUUGGUUGUUUAUAGUGUACGGUGUGGUUUUUUUUUUGUUUUGUUUUGUUCCCCCCUUCUAAAGCAAUGUCUUAAGUGCACCCUGUAGCAACACAAUGUUUGGGUUUUUUUCCUUUUUUUUUUUUUUUUGCAAGAAAAGGGUGGAAGAAAUAAAUAAAUAAAGGUCACAUUUCCUGUGAGAAUUGUGGCAAAAGUGAACAA